AUGAAUCCAUCAUCAUCUCAACAGGAAUCGAAAUUUUCUGCUAUAUUGUCCAAACGGUUUGAAAAUGAUCAUGUUAAUGUAUUUUUGGAAAAUUUUGAACAUGCUACACAAAAACAUGAACAACGUCGACAAAAAAUUAAAAAAGAUGAAGAACUUGAAAAUGAAAAAUCUGUACCUGAAUAUCGAAUAACAUUUGGUGAAAAACCUGAAGGUAUAACAUCGAAAGAAUAUGAAUUACUUUAUAUUGAAACAUUAUAUACAAUUAAACAUAAAAUUGGUACAACAACAUCAAAAUAUAUUGAAGGUGAAAAUGACCUAUAUGCAUAUGCACAAGAAGCAUUUGGAUUGUCACCGGAAAAUCAUUUACGUUUAUUAACUAAAGCAAGUGAAGAAAAGGCACCAAUUUUAAUUCUAAACAUUGAAAUUGUUGAAGCAAAAGAUUUAGAAGCAAAAGAUGCAAACGGAUUUUCGGAUCCGUAUUGUAUGUUGGGUAUUGUACCUGAAAUGCAUAAAUCUGUUCUUUCUCAUCAAUCAAGUGGUGCAGGUGGUGCAUCAUCGGAUGAAGAAGUUGCAACUGAUAGUAAACUUGGUUUUAUGAAACGUUUAAAAAGUUUUCGGAAAUCAACAAUACGUCGAUCACAAGGACGAGAAAAAAAUGCAGCAGUAACUAGUCAAAAUUCUCAAACUAAUUGUAGUUUAAGAGAUAAACUUCCAGCAAAAUAUAUUCAAACAACAGAUGUUAAAAAAGCAACAUUAAAUCCAAUUUGGAUGGAAAAAUUUCGUUUUAAUAUUGAAGGCAGUAAAACUGAAACAUUUCAUUUGGAUAUAUGGGAUCAUGAUGAUGAAUUUUCUGUAUUUGAGGCUGCAAGAAAACUUAAUCAAGUUCAAGGAUUUAAAGGACUUAAUAGAUAUUUUAAACAAAUAGCUCAAUCAGCAAGAACAAAUUCAGAUGAAAGUUCACAUGUUGAUGAUUUUUUAGGUUCUGUUAAUUUAAAAAUUAGUGAAAUUCCAUCAACAGGUAUAGAUAAAUGGUUUUCACUUGAAGGUCGUAGUGAAAAUUCGAAAGUUCAUGGUCAAAUACAUAUUCGUGCUAAUUUAGCUACACGUGAAGAUCGUGGAAUAUCCGAAGAAGAUAAUUGGACUGAUAUUAAACAACAUGUAGAAUUAUUACAAAUAUUUAUUGAUCAUGAAUUAAAUACAUUUAAGGGUAAAACAACAGAAUGGACUGGAGAAUUAUCACGCGAUGCAGAAACAAUUUUACAUCAACAUGCAAUUCAAGGUGAUAUAACUGAUAUUCAACGAAAAAUGUGUCGUUGGAUAGCAUAUUCAAAAAAACAUUUAGAACGUACAUUAACACAUAAAUUAUUAUUAUCAAUAACAGAACAAUUAGAACAAACAUGGCAACCAACAUCAUUAAGUCGAGAUGAGAGUGAUAUGUUACGAGAAGGUUUUACAUUAUUUAUUAAUCAUUGUUUUAAACAAAUAGCAAAAAUUCGAGAACUUUUUCCGGCUGCUAAUAAAAUAGCAAUGGAACGACUUGAACAACUUCUAACAAUUGUUGCAAAAUUACAUAGUAUGGAAGUAUUUCAUUAUUGUUGUCCAUUUCAAAAUAGUCUUCAACAUGAAUUAUCAUUAAUUAUUAAAGCUGGAACAAUUGAAUGGUUUGAUCGUAUGGUUUUAGAAACAACCAAACCAAGAUUAACAUCUGAUGAAGAAAUAUUACGUAAUAUGAGUGAAUUAAUUUAUAUUCUUAUUGCAGAUGCUCAUUCAGCUGUUAAAUAUUACAAUCCAAUAUUUGAAUCUACUGUUAAAUUGGCGUUUUAUCAUAUAUCUUUCAAGAAAAUCGAUGGCAAACUUAUGGAUAUGAUUACAAAGGCAUUGGAAGAAGAACUUGGUCAACAAAUUUAUCUAUCACCUACAAAAUUAUUAGAAAAUAAUGAACCUGAUUCUGCUGAUAUUGCUGCAUUUGCAUCGGCAGCUGAACAAACAAGUUUAUCAUUAUUUGAAUUAUAUUUAACACUUAAUGAACUUUCGAAAUAUAAAAUCUAUGUUAAUGAAAGUCAUCGAUCUAAUUUAAAAAUCAAUCAAUAUUAUGUAUAUUUUGGUGUUGCUCUUAAAAAAUGGUUAGCCGUUGCUCGAAAUAAACUUCUUCAUCGUAUUGAAUAUUCACUUGAUAAAGAUAAAAUUGAUACAACAUUAAAUAAUAAAUUUACAUCCUCAUCAUUAGAUAUAUCCAAUUGUUUCAUACAAAUAACACAAUUCUGGAGACGAUUAGCUUGGCCAGAUAUUCUUAGUUCAAUAACAUUUUUAAUUAAGAUCACUGAAGAUAUAGCAAAUGCAACACGUCUUUAUGCAACAUUAAUUGAAGAAAAAUUAAAUGCAAAAAAAUUUUAUGAAACAAAUGAUUUAACUUUUUAUACACAAGAACUUUCAUUAACUGUAAAUAAUAUUGAACGUAUACGAGAAUCAUUUAAACAAUUACCUAUUGAAUUAUCAUAUGAUAAAUUAUUAGUAGCAGCAGAAAAAUUUCAAACAAUUGCUGUUGUUGAUGAUUAUAGAAAAAGAAUUGAAAUUAUAGUUGCUGGUUGUAGUCAAGAUAUAACAGAUAGAAUUUAUCAAAUAUUAAGUAAAGUUAUUACAAAUAUGGAAAUGGAAUUAAAACAAUAUUUAUUUCAUAUUGUCGAAGCUCCUGAAGCAAGUGAUGUGCAAGAUACAAUUCAACCAUUAUUAACUUUUUUAAAUAAUCAAUUAUUGCCUUAUAGAGAUCUUUUAAUUAGACAAAAUUUAACAAGAUUAUUGGAACUUAUUUGGGCUGUAUUAAUUGAUCAAAUUUUAUCUGAAGUUGAACAUGGAACAUCACCAAGAACAAUAUCAUCUUAUGCACGUUUAUUAAAAGCUGUUGAACUUCUUGUUGAAUAUUUUAAUAAUGAUGAACAAUGUUUACCAAAAGAAAUUCUUAAAACUGAUAAAUAUAGAUUGGUUAAAAAGUUAUUAAAAUAUCAAUCUACUGACACGCAAUUGUUAAUCAAAAUGUAUUAUCAGGAAAAACUUCAAGAACAAGAACGUGCUAAUAAUUCAAGUCAAGCAGAUUUAGGUAAACUUUAUUGUCGAGCUUAUUAUCAUUCAAAAGAAGGAACAUUAUAUAUUGAAAUUGUUUCAUGUAAAAGUCUCAAACCAUGCGAUUCAAAUGGUCUAAGCGAUCCAUAUGUUGAAAUGCAAUUAUGUCCAACAUUUUUCUAUCCUCAUAUUGAAAAACAACAAACAUCAAUUAUAAAAAAAACUCUUAAUCCACAAUUUAAUGAAAAAUUUGAAUUUCGAUUAACAGAAAAAGAAUGUAUUAUAUCAGGUGGAAUCGUACAUUUUACUGUCAUGGAUCAUGAUUUAAUGUGGUCAAAUGAUUUUGAAGGUGAAGCUUUUCUUGAAAUAUCAAAAAUAACUGGUAUAAAUCAUGAUAAUCGACCUACAGAUGAAUUAAAACAAAUUGAAUUAGCAUUAACACAUCCGAAAGCUCUACGAAGUCGUAUUAUAGAAAUAUUGGAACAAAGAGUAGCAGAUAAAUUAGCAACGGAAUUUGUUAAAAAACGACGUGAAAUAGAAAAUCAAUAA